AUGCACUACAACUUCGGCCAACUUUUCCAGCGCGACGAGGGCAACAUCGAGCUCGCCACCGCGCAUUACAAGGAGGCCCUAAGGCUGUGGCCAACGUACGCGAGUGCGCACAACAACUUGGGGACUUUGAUGACGGCCACGGAGGACGCCGAGGGCCACUUUCUCGCCGCCAUCCGCUACUCGCCCAACCACGUCAACGCGCACUACAACCUCGGCCAGGUUCUUACUUCAUAG